AUGGCGGUGGCCGGUUGUUUGCACAGUCUUGGGGACUGGGGCACAGCCGGCUCCUCGGGCGGGCAGUCCCGCUUCAGCGAGCGCUGCCCUCGGGUUUCGGAGCCGCUGACGGAUCGGCCGAGGUCAGAUCCUGCCCGCGCUUAUCAGCUGGUCUGUGUCACCUCGGCGGGCACCUGCCCUGGACCCACCUCCUGCUCUCCUGUGGGUGAUGUGAUUGAAGUGUACUAUGGUGACAAUCGCUUUGGGACAAUGACCGACUCUGGCACAGCAACACUUAAACCUCGUCCGAGAGUCCGGCCGCUGCUGACUUUCUUACCCCUUAAUGCCCAAGAAUCCCAUGGGGUGGCUGUGCCAACGCCAUCAGUGCCAGAAGACUUUGAGGAAAAAGCAGCUCUCGGCUCUGGCUCCCAGAUCAAUGGGAACUACCGAAUGUACAGCUCGGUGGGGGACCUGCGCCCACAGGCUCUUGAGAGGGAGGCCCUGACCGAAGAUACCCCGCCGCCACCAUCAGUACCCCCACCACCCCCUCCAGUGGCAACAGCACCUACACCACCACCUCCAGCCUCGCCGGUCCCUCCGCCACCCGAAAUGCUGCCUCCACCACCGCCACCACCUGAGAUGGUGCCGCCACCUCCUGCCAUGGCACCUCCGCCACCUCCAGUCUCUGCCCUGUCCUCCCCCAGCACACCAGCUCCUCCAGACUUCAUCCCGCCAGCCCCACCGGGUGCCUCGCAGCUCAGCCCGGCCCCGGCACCCUUCACCUCCGGCAUCUCCAAGUGGAAGUCCGAGACGGUGCUGAACACGAGGCAGGCGGAUGCCGAGGGGCCGCUCUGCCAGGCUGAGGCUGGGGUGCCGGCUGCCCCCGGCCCAAAGGAGAGUCUGCAGCCCAAGCACUGUCCCGAGCCCCACCUCACCUUCCCCAGGUCCUUCAAGGUGCCCCCCCCGACCCCAGCCCGGUCUUCCUCCAUCCCCGUGCAGGAGAGCCAGCCCGUCCGGCAGGAGCCCUUCCCCAAGCAGCCUCACGCCCGGCCUCCCCUCCCGCCCUGCUUCACCAUUAGACCCGCAGCCAAGGCUCACACUGGAGGAGAAUCUGAGCAAAGAAAUUCCCCGCUGAGACAGGCGGUUGCGAAGCCGGCUGUGCCGACCCCUCCACCCCUGAGCCCCAAACCAGGCCCGGGGCUCAGCCAAGGGACAAAUCCUGCCGGUCACUGGUCCCCACUGCCAGGCUCUGAGAUGGAGAAGGUCACCCAGCCAAAAACAGCCGAGAGAGACUCUCCUCCAAAAUCUGAAUCUAUUUCUGCGAAUGACCUGGACCUCCCCCCUCCAGACUACCCCACCUGCGAGGACGACUGGAGGGACGCCGGCAACCUGAGCAGACUGCGGCACGAGCUCUCGGCCCUCCUGUGCUCCCCACGGAGGGAGGAGAGGCCGCCGGAGAAGCCGGCUGCUCCCCAACCCACGGACAGCAGUACCAACUGCACCGGCAGCCGUGAGCCCAGUCUCAAUGGGCCCCAACUCACUGGACCUGCUGGGAAGGACACACGGUUACCCACGGGAGGGGAGAGCGAGAAGAAAGAGGUGCCCAGCGGCCCUCCCAGUGCCAAGGGAGGCUCUCCCAGCAUGGGGCUCCCCGCUACGGAGAGCAACCCCGCCACGCAGACGCGCAGCGUGAUGAAAAUCAGGAACGAGCUGGAGGCUGUGCUGUCCCUGAAGAAAGAAGGGAAACCUGCCCUGGGGCUCGGCAGCCAGAAGCAGGGCACCGAGAAUGGCGGCAGCACCCCUCCCCCGCUGCCCUCGGAGAAGAGCAGGAGGAAUGGCGACUUCAUGCCCCAGUACCCAGACUACACCAGCUCUGCUGGUUACUUUGGCCGCUGCCCGAACCCCCGCCCACUGAUCAAGAAGCGCCUGUAUGUCUCUGAGCCCGACAGCUCCUACCCCCGGGCAGCUGCAGCCCCCCGGGCCACGGGCACCGUCUCCUACAGCACUGGGGGUUACAGCUCCCCGGCCGGGGAGGGUGCCCGCCGCCUCGGCUCUGCCCACAGGAACAGCCCCACGAGUGCACAGGGAAGGCGGACCUCCAUCGAUGCUGCUAGGAAAGCCGCGCCGUACGGCAGCACUGCAGCUGACGCCAAGUACAAGGGGCAGAACGGGGAUUUCUCGCCCGCCAGCACGGUGGCAGCCAGCAGACCUGCCCACGGCAGCUUGCAGUACGGUGGACCCACCAACACCUUCACAGUCAGGCCUGGGGCACGGCAGCCCAUCUCCUACGCCUACCAGAGCGGCCAACGAUAG